AUGCUGGUAUGUUUCAUAAAAAGGAGUAGGACGGAGGCGGCUGCAACCUCAGCAGCGAAUGCAUAUGCUGAGACAAGACACAUCACCGACACAAAAAUUAUAAUUGGAAGUCCCACUUUCCAGUCGGCCACCAUCUCAUCUGACGCUGCUUCUCAGACUACAGCAACAAUGAGAUGGAGUAGCCUCAGUGGCCUUCUCAUAGUCAGUCUAUCGGGCCUCAUCCUCCAAAAGGCAGUCAACAUUCUCCAACUGAUACUCAAGCAUGUGGGACAGCCAGCAACCCUCAGUGUAAGCGUUUUGCCACGGGAUAAGGAAAUACCAGUUAACUUGCAAAUGCCUCCUAUUUCCGAGCCUGCAGACGAACCAGCAUUGGGUGAAACCGUCAUGCGAACCCUCAAAUUGACAAUACCCAGUUUUAUGGGUAGUCCGUAUCACUCGCCGACACGAAGCCCAGAUACGUCUUUGCAGGUCGGUCUACUCGAACUGAUGUCACCCUGCUUCCAGCUCUUAGAGGCGGCAGUACAAACAACUUGUCUCCUCUUGAUUCCCCACUGUCACAGCAACAAGCGCCAAAACUAUGAAUACCAACCUCAUCGCCAACGGAAUAAAAUCCGCUCGUCUUGCGUCAAAGCACAUUCAUUUGCCUGUCAAAGCAUCCCAACAUCAGACAACCUUAGUUUCCAGAUUCCACAGUCCUCCAACCGUUCAUCGAAGCCAACUGCCCCUCUACUGUUGAGUAAGCGGGUCAGUGCCUUAUCACCGAUUUCUCAUACGACUCUGCGUGGCCACCUCCUUAUAGUUAUGGUUAGCAUCAACUGUGCACUCUGGGUACUGCUAGUUCUUGCCACUCUACAGCUUGACUGCUCACCGUGGGGACCCCCACUAUCUCUCACUCCGAGGCCUACUUCUACACCGCAUCCAACUCAGAUCCAGUCAAAGACGAUCCCAACCGACUGGCCACUAGAAUCCUCUAAUUAUGCCGAGUUUUCUCAAGAAGCCCAUCACGUUAAGCGGUUCGAGUCAAAAAUAUGGAUCGGUCUGGCUCGACUUGGCUUCGCAGCAAGCAGUAUCUUUCGAUUUACCAGCGUAAGCAUCCUCAUUCGAGACCUAGGCGGAGUUCAUGCAGAAUAG